AUGGCCGUGUACUUGAACGACGAUUUGGAAGACCUGCAAGACGACCACUUCGACUCCGACGGGUUUGGCUUCUCCGGCGGCCGCGACGGCCAUCCCUCAAGCCCGAAUAAGCAUAAGAAUGAUACAUCAGCCGUGCAGUACAGAAAUGGAAAAGACAUGCAAGGGAUACCAUGGGAGAGGUUAAAAUACAGUAGAGAUCAGUAUCGCAAGAUGAGGCUGGAGCAUUACAAGAAUUAUGAGAACCUCGCGAGGUCACACCAGGGGUUUGAUAUGAGGCCGGAGUGCAAACAAGUGGAGACAAAUGACAGGUUCUAUGAUUUCUGCUUCAACACACGACUUGUCAAGCCAACGAUAGUGCAUUUUCAGGUGAAGCUUCUAAUCUUCAUUCGUGUUUAUUCCUUUGGUAUAGACUGCAACUAUAGCGUAACAGUGAGUGCAGGAAGUUAUUGGUCCUUCGGUUUGUGCAGUUUCAGACACAACUCACAUUGCCAAUCGGUAUUCCAGCAAAUUCUUAUGGAUACGCUAAGGAAUCUUGUGUGGGCCACAUCCAAGCAUGAUGUUUACAUGGCACAGAACAAUUCAGUGAUGCACUGGUCUUCUCUUCUUCAAAGAGGGACAGAAGUGCUCCGCGUUGCAGGCCAAGUUGUUCCAAAGCAGAAGGGGCAUGGAGCUCAGACACUGUCCAGGGUGCAGAUCAGCACAAUGGCCCUAAAAGACAAUUUCAUGGUAGCAGGCGGUUUCCGCGGCGAACUGAUUUUCAAGUAUGUUGACAAGCCCGGGGUGGUAUUCUGUACGAAUGUCGCUGAUAAUAAAAAUUCUGUCACGAAUGCUGUAGAUGUGUACGAGUCUCCCAGCGGCGCUACUCGAGCGACGGCGGCCAACAAUGACUGCACCGUCAAAUUUCUUGAUGCUGAGAGGUGCAGCCUGCUUAGUCGUUUUAAUUUCCCGUGGUCAGUCAAUGUGAGUUACUCUGAGCUCCUCCUCAGUAAUCUUGAACUCUAUUCUUGCUCCGGGAAGGUGAAUCGAAAGUUGUCAUGUCCUUCACAGAACACAUCGGUGAGUCCUGAUGGCAAGCUUCUUGCGGUUCUCGGCGACAGCUCCGACUGCGUGAUCGCCGACGCUCAAUCGGGCGAAGAGAUAGCGACUCUCAAGGGGCACCUGGACUACUCGUUCUCAUCGGCCUGGCACCCCGGCGGGAACGUCCUGGCGACGGGGAACCAGGACAAGACGUGCCGGCUGUGGGACACGCGCAACCUGUCGGCGCCGUUCGCGGUGCUGGGAGGGAGGAUCGGCGCGGUCCGGGGCCUCCGGUUCUCGUCGGACGGGCGGUUCCUGGCGGCGGCGGAGGCGGCGGACUUCGUCCACGUGUACGACGCGCGGGCCGGCUACGGCGCCGCGCAGGAGAUCGGCCUGUUCGGGGAGAUCGCCGGCGUGGCGUUCAGCCCGGACGCGGGCGCGCUGUUCGUCGGGGUGGCCGACCGGGCCUACGGCAGCUUGCUCGAGUUCGGCAGGCGGGGCCGGCACGCUUACCUGGACUCGUACCUGUGA